CCAGCCCUUCAGCUCUGCUUCCAACUACCACACUCUUCUGACUCAAUAUCACAUCAACAGUAUUCUUCAACAGAAGAAUCGUUCUGCUGGAAAGUGUUCCAAGUGUGUAGGCUAAGCCAAGUGAAUUUAAUAAAUUCUUCUUCUUCAUCAGACUGGACUGGAAUGAUUGAUUGACACUACGGGAUUUAAAUAAGAUUCUGUGGCCUACUGUAUAAGACAGAACAAGAUUGUUGUCGAGUCAACAAGGGUGCAGAUUUCCUUAUAGGCACAUCAUCAUGUCUACAGAAUCUCCCAGCUCCACGUGUACUCACAGUGCCAACAGGUCCCUGACAAUGACACCAGCCCCUCAGAUCUCCUCCGUACGCACCUGUGAGCCUCCAGGGUCCUCCCUCCAGCAGAUGGUGCACUCACAGUGUGAUGAGAGCAGUGCUGUGUCAUUUACCACUGCCCAGCGGGAGAGAGAAAGCGCCACCUACAGACAGAGAAAUGCCGCUGCAGAGACCUGUAGGAGACACAGCAUUGAUGGAGCCAUGGUAACACAGAGUCAAAGGUCAAACUUAGGGUCAGUGUCAGCUGACCGCUUCCACCCCUACCGUCGUCAGUUCAGCAAUGGUGGGGUUGCCACGGGUUGCCUGGCCCCUGGUCCCCCUGGGUCUCAUCCCUUCAUCUGUCUCAGAGAGGUGGAGGCUCCAGAUAGCUUCACUGACACAUACACAUCUACCAGUGAGGAACAGACAUGCUGGGAUCCAUACAACGGGAGUUUCCAAGCUUCCAGACUGAUGCAGGGCUCCCAGCACUCUUACCCAGAACCACUGGCUGCACCCAAGGAACCUUCCUGCUUCCUGUCCCAAGGCCAUGCCUCCUACAGCCCCCUAGUCCCACUGCAGCAGUGCCUCUCCACUCCAACCCAUCAGGACAGUAGCAUGCAGUCCUUCCCCAAGCCCAUCUACUCAUACAGCAUUCUGAUCUUCAUGGCUCUGAGGAACAGUAAGACAGGGAGUCUCCCAGUUAGUGAGAUCUACAGGUUCAUGACUGAACACUUCCCCUACUUCAAGACGGCUCCAGAUGGAUGGAAGAACUCGGUCCGCCACAACCUGUCUCUGAAUAAGUGCUUUGAGAAGGUGGAGAAUAAGAUUGGCAACUCUUCCCGUAAGGGCUGCCUGUGGGCCCUCAACCCAGCCAAGAUAGAGAAGAUGCAGGAGGAGCUACACAAGUGGCGCCGCAAAGACCCCCUCACUGUCCGCAAGAGCAUGGCCAGGCCAGAGGACCUGGAUCGCCUGUUGGGGGAAAGACCAGAGAAUCUGAAAUCUUUACCUUUUUACCACCAGACCCCACUGGCAAGAUCCACCACAAACUACAACCCUACCCCUUCCUCCUUUACUUCAUCCCAGCCUCCAGAGCCCUGUCGCCCUCUCCAACGUCUCCUCUACCCCCACGUCCCCCCUUCCACCCUGACAGUCAACCAGCACCCCCGCUACAUGUCCCCCACCACCCCCCACCCCUUCUCCUUCUACUCCCCCUGCGGACAGCAGCCUCCAUCAGGUAUCCCUCCCAAUGUGGGUACCUUGGGUUCCCCCUUGGCGGGGCAGACACCCUCCAGCUGUAGCGCCACCAUACAGGCAGAGUAUGACGUUGGGCCCAGGAGCAUGCAGGAGCUACAGCUAGAGGGAGAUGCUAGUAACGAUAUCGACACGCUCAACCCCAGCUUGACUGACCUGCAGCUCCAUGGUUACUUGUGGGAGGAGCUGAGAGAGGACAGCCUGGCUCCUGAUUCGCUGGUGGCAAUCAGUCCCUCCCCGUCCCCCUCAUCUUCCCAGCCAACACUCUUCCUCCUGGGGUCAAGUCUGAGGAGCACCUGUCUUGUCAAUCAGACAUCAGAGUUGAUCUCUGUCGGGCUGGGGAAGGAAGAGGAGGAAGAUGAGGAGAUGGACGGAGGAUGUGGAGGUCCAUCAGACCUACAUAUUAAUGGACAGUACCACACAGCCUACACAGGUGUGGAGAGUUUAGCUGGUUACCUCACUUCCAUGGGGAACACCCCCAUACCUUUGCUUUGAAGCCCAGGAAAAGGGCUCCCUUCGUGAAAUCUCACCAAGACCUUCCCCCUGGACCUCCAGGACAACUCAAGACUGGGGUUGUGAAAGUCAAGACUUAUCACAAUGUAGCAAUGAAACAGUGACAAUAUUGUGCACAGUUUGAUCACAAUCAAACAUCAUAUUUUGCUUUGCUUUGAACCUGCAGAGCUCGUUGGCUCAAUUUGUCUACAAUUAGCCUUAAUCAAAUGUGUGAGUGAGUAGGGGUUUAGGUUUUAUCACAGUUGCGUUAACAAUAUGUUUAUAUUCAUAUCAUUGACUGUGGCUGGGUCAAAUUCAAAACUUGACAUUCAUGACAAUGAAUGGAUCCAAAAGCUCAUGACACACCUGAUUGUUCAGUGAUUAGGAGUAGAGUGCAGUACCACCUAACUUCACACAAGAUGGCAGCAGAGAGCAGUAGUGACUUAUUUAAUGGAACGUUAGAGUUGUUGAUAGAAAUACAGCAUUUACAUUUUACAUUUCAGUCAUUUAGCAGACGCUCUUAUCCAGAGCGACUUACAAAUUGGUGCAUUCACCUUAUGAUAUCCAGUGGAACAACCACUUUACAA